AUGAAAACACGACUAGCACGGAACAUUUACUCGGGUCAGGAGCGAGUCUCCUUUACGAGAAUCGGUUCCCUCCUCGCGUGCCCGACCAUCUUCGGCUGGGUCUGCUGUGGCAGCGACGGCUCCUACCAGAUCCGAAACUCGGUUUUCACGUCGUCUUCGGUCGUUCAGCACGUCGUAGCCGCAUCGGGAAUCCAAAAAGCGCCGGCGGUCCAGCGGGAGGAACGGUAUGCCGAUCUUGAGCUUUUAUGGGAUACGGACAUUCUCGGCAUCGAGAGCCCCCUCCCGCCGGACGCAGAGAGAACCGGAGAGGAGUUGAUCAAAUUCUUUAAGGAUACAGUGAAGCGCACGGAGGAUGGCCGCUAUUCGGUUUCCCUCCCCUUUCGCGAUAACGUCUCCACUUUGGGCGACAAUCAAAAAAUUUCGUUCUCAAGGCUCCUGGCCUUUCUAAAAAGCGCAAAGAAGGACCCCUCCCUCCUUAAGGCGGUCGAUAAGGAGAUCAGGAAAUAUAUCGACUCGGGAUUCGCGGAACAGGCUGACCCGCGAGAACCAGGCGAGCGCGCUCACUAUCUACCAAUUCUAGCGGUGGCGAAGAAAUCCUUGUCAGAAGCGUCAGAACGAAAAAUCAGAAUCGUCAAAGACUGCGGCUGUCGUUCCAAAGAGGAAGCCGCGUUAAAUGACGUGCUAGAAAAAGGGCCAAACCUGCUGCCCGACAUUCUUUCCGUCCUCAACAACUUCCGGAAAAGUCCGAUCGUAAUCGUUGCGGACGUUCAACAAGCGCUCAUGCAAACGCUGAUUAACGAAGACCACAGAAAAUUUCUUCGUUUUUUCUGGCCUCUAGGCAUCUCGGAAGACCCAGAAGCCCCGAUAAGGGAAUACUGGGCGACAGUUCUCGAUUUUGGUCUCUCAUGUUCCCCCUUUUUGCACUGUCAGGUGCUUCGCCACCACCUAGAUUGGAGCAUCGAGAAGUUCCCAGGGAAAGCGGACAUCCUCCGGGGAAUCCGGGACACUUUCUUUAUGGAUGAUUUCUGCGCUGGGGCUUCAUCGAUCAAGGAAGCGAAGGAAACGACAAGGUUAAUUAUUGACGUCUUCUCCAGCGGUCAUUUUCCGCUCGAUAAGUGGGCGACAAACAAUAAAUUAGUUGCCGAUUACAUUUCACGAAUCGUAGGCCCGGACCGUUCGGUAUCUGCAUCGAACACCCGCGGCAAGUUCAUGGGAAUCUCGUGGAAUCAAGUAUCAGAUUUUCUCUUCAUCGAUGUCGACCCCGUUGUCGCUUUCCUGGAAUCGGGUCCGAUCACCAAACGGCAGCUACUCAAGGGUCUCAGCCAGGUAUUCGACCCGCUCGGUCUCAUUGCACCGAUUGCCAUCGCGCUAAAAAUGAUUCUUCAGACCAUCUGGUCGAGGAAAAUCGACUGGGACUCGACUCUCACAGACGAUUUGUGAGAAAAGUUCGUCGAAGCGACAAGUAACCUGGAAAACCGUUCCCUCAUACAGAUACCUCGACAUUUGUUCGAGUACGACCUGGGGAAGUCACGCCGCGAACUUCAUGUCUUCGCAGACGCCUCGCUAUCGGGCUACGGUUGUGUAGCAUACAUAAGGGAGAUUCCCUUGAUUCAGUCGAACACUCCGGCCUUCGUCAUUUUCGUCAUGGCCAAGGCCAGGGUUGCCCCCCUCAAGGGCCGAUGGACCAUCCCGAGAUUGGAGCUUAUCGCGGCUCUUUUGGCUGCACGUCUCUCAAACUCGAUCAAAAAAUCAUUCGGCUCAAAUAUCGACGCCACCUUCCUCUACUCCGACAGCAGUUCGGUCCUUGGCUGGAUAAGAGACGAUCCCUCCCGGUGGAAGCAAUUCGUCGCCAACCGUAUUGAGGAGAUUCAGUCCAUCUCAGACCCUUUAGCGUGGAGUUACAUCCGUACGCACGAGAACCCGGCCGACCUGCUCACUCGAGCUUCCCCUCUUGACACAACGGUCUCAAGGGAUCUGUGGCUGAAAGGGCCUCCUUGGCUUCUAAAGCUGGAGAAACCCGUAGACCACCCGCUGAAUCCGAUAGACGCGAAGGUGCUCAAUGAAAAGAGAAAUGACACGAUCAAUGCUGUGGCGUCUACAUCGAAUACCGAUGUCACUGUGUUUGGAAAACAGUUCGGUUCAUGGCGCCGGGCGGUUUGA